UGACGCAAAGAGCCUGCGCCGCGCGGUGACGCGGUGAGGCAGUGAUGGCGCCGGGAACCAUGAGGGCGGCCGCUCCGCUCGCGCUGCUGGACGGUUUGUGUCAGUUACUGAGGGACCCGGGGCCCCGCCUCCCCGGUCUCCUCCUCCUGCACCGGCUCAGCCAGUGCCGCCCCCAGAACCCGUCCGAUCUCACGGGUCUGAUCGCCAUCAGCAAUGCCCGACUGAGCUCUGUGAAAACCAGACUGGAGGGAGUGUGUCUCCUGGCCCAGCUGGUCGCUGACAGCCCCACUGAGAUCUUCCAGGAUCAGUGUAUCUCAUGGCUACGAGCUGUGCAGCACAUCGUCCAGGCCCAGGACCCAUUGCCCACAGUGGAGAUGGCGGUCUGGGUGUUGAGGGAGUUGCUCAGAUACUCCUCACAGCUGCCGGAGCUGGGCCGUGAGGUGGCCAUGAACCACAUCCCCAGCCUUGUGUCCUCCCUGCUCAGCCUGAAACCUGAGUACCAGUUGGCUGCUAUGGAGGGGAUGAAGGCGUGUAUGACCCAUUACUCACGAGCGUGUGGAUCAUUGAGGGGGAAGUUGGCAGCUUAUUUCCUGUCUAAGAUGGACACCAGCAGCCCCCAGGUCCAAGAGUUGGCUUGUCACUGUUAUGCUCUGCUCCCUGGACUGGGGACCGGCUUUGCUCAGGGCAUGAAAUACUCUGAGUCCUGGAGCCAGCAGCUUCACUGCCUCCUCGCCAGCCUGCAUCGGCUCACAGAGGAGAUCUACCAGGGCUCGGAAACAGAACCCUCUCGCUAUGAAGGACCUGGGGUUGACCUGCCGCUGCCUGCCCUGAACGACACUGACCCGUAUCACGUCCUACACCUCAGUCAACGCUUCACAGCCCUGAGCAAAUGCCUGGCCCAGCUCCUCAGGAAGGAUUUCUCAGUGGCUGUGACAAUCCCAGUUCAGGACGUCCUCGGGCUGGUCUGUCGUGUCCUCAACAUCUCCAGCAAAAACAUGAGCUGUCUGGGUGAAGGAGCUGUGAAGGUGCUCGUGUUACCAUCUCUGCACACGGACGCUCUCGACAUUCUCUCUGCUCUCAUCACCACUUGUGGUAAACGGUUGCUAAGGUUUGCGGACGUGAUUUGCCGACUUUUUCCCCAAGUGCUGACGGCCUGGGCCACACCCCGGGGCUCAACCCCCCCCGGCCAAGAGAGAGGUCACAGUGGGGUCCGGGUGACAGUGUACACGGUGAUGGAGACUUGGCUGAAAGUUGCUGGAGUGGCCUCGGGGGUCCUGCAGGGGGCGGCACAUCAUCCCGACAUCCUCCUCUCUCAUUUACUGUCAGACGUCACCCCCCCCUCACACACAUUGCAGGUGAGAGCUAAGCCUGCGGCUGAGGUGCAGACCGGCAGCUACGGGAAACCUUACGGGAAGCGGGCAAGGCUGGGGGAGGUGACAGACACCUCGCCAGUGAGAGGCCAUCACAAACAGGACCUGACCGCGAACAGUGACGUGUGUCUGGCCGCCCUGAGAGUUCUCAGUCGUGCAGUGUUGGCCUGUGGCAGUUUGUUGAAAGAGGAAACUCACAAGAAGCUGCAGGAGAUGGUGCUGUCGCUGUUGAUGGGGUUGGGGCGCAGGUCGGGGGAGCCCAGCCCCUACCUCAGGGCUCAGUGUCGCCUCGAACUACACCGUCUCCUCCUCUUCCUGCUCCUCGUUCCCAACCCUCACCGUCCACCUCCUCUCCACUGUGCCAUCAACACCUUCAGCCUCGGACAACAGGACAGUAGCACUGAGGUGUCUGCGUUCUGUUGGGAGGCGCUGGUCACAUGUAACGCCCUGAUCCACCCUCGCGUGGCUUCUCUACAGUCACCCCUGAACCUCCCCCUAAAGCUCCCGACAGACUCACACCCGGCCCCCGCCCCCCCCAGCAAACCCCACCCUGAGCUGCCAGGCCCCGCCCGCUUCACCUUGGCCCUGGGGGCGGGGCCUGGCCAGGAGGAGGAGGAGCUGGAGGCGGAGCCUGUGGCUGGGGGGCUGGAGGAGGAGGAGGGGCUGUUUGGGGAUGGGGGGCACAGGCCUGUGUUUGUUCGUUACGAUAAGGAGGAGGCGUCUGACGUGGAGAUCUCGCUGGACAGUGACUCCGACGACAGCAUCUUAAUCGUCCCGGACGGCACCCUCCCCGAGCCCCCACCGUCCCCGCCUCUCCCCCCCGCCCCAGCCUCCACCCGCCAGGACAUCCAGCCCCCGCUACUCCCACCCCCUCCCCUUCCCCCAGGCCCCGAGGAGACAACGGGGCCCGAGAGCCAGGAGCCGGCGGAGGAGCUGACAGUCAUCAACAUCAACAGCAGCGAAGAUGACGAAGAGGAGGAAGGCUUCGGGGAGGAGGACGAGGAGGAAGGUUAUUACGAGGAGUUUGAGGACGAGGAGUUUGAGGAGGAGAUGGAGGAGGAAGAGGAGGAGGAGGAAGAGGACGAGGAGAUGGAGUACAAGGACCUCGAUGAUGACGAUGAAGAUGAUGAAGAUGAAGAGCUGUACGAGCACGAGACGGACGGAGUUUCCGAGGAGGAGGAGUCUGGUCUUUCAGGGGGCGACGCUGGGCCUGAGGGUGGGUCCAAACUCCAUGCCCUGCAGGAGGCCAGCCCCCAGGGGGAGGGGCUGGGCAGGCGGGGGGAGGGGGACACUGAAGCUCCGCCCUCUAGUGAUGCAGAGAAACACUCCGAACCAGGGGCGGAGCCUGUGGACCCUGCGUCGUGGGGAGAGGAGGCCGGGGCCAGGCCCGAGGAGAAGGGGGCUGCCCCACCCAUAGAGGCCCCGCCCCAGCCAGAGACCACGCCUCCGAGCGAGGCGGAGCCUGAGAGAGCGAGAGAGGACGCCACCAUGGCGACCGACGAGGAGACCGUCCCACUACCCCUGGAGGCGGGGCCUGGCCUUGAGAGGGAGGAGCCAAGUGAGGGCAUGGCUGAGGCCGGGGAGGACCAGACGGCUGCCAUGUUGGCUGACUUUGUGGACUGUCCACCAGACGAGGAGGAAACCAAGACAACAGCCGAGGGCAGCACCAGCUAGUGUCACGGGGAGGGGAACUAGUGUAACGGGGGGGUGGGGGGGGGUUGCAGGGGGACUAGUGUAACGGGGUGGGGGGGUGCGCGAAGGGUGGAUAGGGACUAGUGUAACGCAACGAGGUGGGGGCCUCGUGUGACAGGGUCGGAGGGAGCUGGGGCUUAAUGGGGGGGUGGGGCUGGAACCGUGAGGAACGAGCAGUUUUUCUGAGAAUAAGUGCUUAAGAAAAUAAAGUUUUUGUUCCCUCA